AUGUUGUCGGCCACGAGAAGAGCUGUCUGGGCACAGAGCAGGUCCCGUCUGGCGCAGCCGAGCUGCCCAGCUUACUCCUUCAGCCCCUCCGCACUUCGGAGGCUCGCAUCGUCCCUGGCGAUUCUGGAGCAGCGGGAUGGCAAGCUCAACCACGGCUCCUUGAGCGCCAUCACGGCCGCGCAGAAGCUGGGAGGAUCGGUGCACGCAUUCGUUGCCGGCAGCAACGUCAAGCCGGUGGCAGAGGAGGCUGCCAAGGUAGACGGCGUGGAGAAGAUCAUCGCCGUUGAGAACGCCGCCUACGAGAAGGGCCUUCCCGAGAACUACGCCCCUCUGCUGGUCGAGAACAUUAAGAAGGGCGGAUACACCCACAUCAUUGCCGGCCACACUGCCUUCGGCAAGAACCUGUUGCCCCGUGUCGCUGCCCUCCUAGAUUCGCAACAAAUCUCCGACAUCACUGGCAUCGAGAACGAGACCACCUUCGUACGUCCCAUCUACGCCGGCAACGCCAUCGCCACCGUCGAGUCGUCCGAUCCCGUCAAGGUCAUCACCAUCCGAGGAACUGCCUUUGCGCCUGCCGAGGUUGCCAGCGGCUCGGCCGCUGUGGAGGACGGUGUCGACUCCAAGCCGGAGAGCCCAACCGAAUGGGUUUCCGAAGAGCUUGCCAAGUCUGACCGGCCAGACCUGGCGACCGCCGGCAAGGUCGUCUCGGGCGGCCGGGGUCUGAAGUCCAAGGAGGAGUUCGACAGGAUUAUGCAGCCGCUGGCUGAUUCUCUCGGUGCCGCCAUCGGUGCCUCGCGCGCCGCUGUGGACAGUGGGUACGCCGACAACAGUCUGCAGGUUGGCCAGACAGGCAAGGUCGUUGCGCCGCAGAUGUACAUGGCUGUCGGCAUCUCUGGUGCCAUUCAGCACUUGGCUGGUAUGAAGGACAGCAAGGUCAUCGCUGCCAUCAACAAGGAUGCGGAUGCCCCUAUUUUCCAGGUCGCGGAUGUCGGCCUUGUUGGUGAUCUGUUUGAGAAGGUUCCGGAGCUCACUGAGAAGCUGAAGAAGGCGUGA